GAAGUGAUUCUUCAUUUGAAUUCAGAGGACAAGUUAAAAGUACCUGGUUCAUGUGCUCAAGAUGAUGCUGGGUCGACCCUGCUGUCUGCUGAGAAAGUCAAAGAUGCUGCCAAAGCAGGCCUCUCUGCUGCAGCAAUGAAAGCUAAAUUGUUUGCUGAUCAUGAAGAGCGAGAAAUUCAGAGGCUAUGUGCUAAUAUUGUUAAUACUAAGUUGAAAAGAUUGGAACUGAAGCUGAAGCAGUUUGCAGAAAUUGAAACACAGUUGAUGAAAGAAUGUGAACAAGUGAGAAGAUGGGUGAGGGUUGGCUCCAUGAACGGUCCCCCAGGUGUUUCAGCACGGCUUGGAAACGGUGGAACCACUCCUCCAAUGAAUGUAUCAGGUGUUGGUCCUUCCAUGAUUAAUAAUAAUAACAACAGUAGGCAGCAAAUGAUUUCUGCUUCUUCCUCACAGCCUAGCAUCUCAGGGUAUGGCAACAGCCAACCAGUUCAUCCACACAUGUCCUUUGUCCCGCGGCCUUCAAUGUUUGGAUUAGGGCAAAGGUUGCCCCUAUCUAUGAUACAACAAUCACAGGCUGUUUCUUCAAAUUCGAUGUUCAAUGGCCCUAGUAAUGUGCAGCCUGCUCCUAAUCAUUCGUUGUCGAGGCCUGUGUCAAGAACUAACUCUGGUUUAGGUUAAUUAGAGGUUCGGUGUUGAGUUUUAA